GAGAGUUGCCACUCUCUUCGCCGCGUGUGCGCCUGGACAAAGUUGUCAACCCCCAAGAACGCCCAUGAUUCACGCGUGGGCGCGCGCAGACGUGAGAGUGCCCUGGUCAGCGCGCGACACGCAAUGUCCCGCGCGCACUGAUGCCCAAGCGCAUCUGAGACUCUCGCAGGCGCCAGUGUCCUGUGGUUUCUGUUCCCGAUUAAUCUAACUAGCGGUGCACUUAUAACCAUGCCAGUGACUAAAUACAGAACGAGCACCAGAUGAAAGCAAAACUAAAUGGACAAGUAACUUUUAUGUGAAGAAAAUGAAAUAGUUUGUUUCGUGGAACCUCCGUGAGUGACUCGUUGGUCAUUAUUCCCCGGCUUCACUCAGCAGCAGCGCCUUCCCUUCCUUCGUGCACCUGUGAGCAACGAUAUCGCCAUCAACGCCAACGUGACGACGCGCCCAUGACAUUAGCAUAAACAAUUCAGUUCUUAAAAAAUACAUACAUACGUUUCUCAUUCUGUAUAUGAUGACGGCGUUUCUCCGUCGUCUUGCUGUGGCUUGUGGGGCCCUUCUGCUGGCCUCUCCGGCGGCGAUUUGGGCGCAGACGAAGUCCUUAUUUCCCGCCGAAGAGCCGACCCCGCCGGAGCCCCUCCCCAGCUGCAACGUGGCCGUCCUUGGAGACUGCCUCAUGCCCGGCCCGCGGCCAAUGUCGUGGGAGGCGGCGCAUGGUUACUGCCGCAGCGAAGGCGGGUUCCUGCUGAAGCGUGACGAGCUCGGCCACUUCGACCACCUGUGGACGUCGCGCUACCAGACGCCGCUGCAGAAGAACCUGACGAUGCCCGUGAGCGUCCUGAGCUGGCCGGCCCUCAACAGCACCUGGGUGGGGGGGGAGGCGACGCUCGAGGAUCUCACCUGGACGGCCCUCGCUCUCCACGGCGGCCACUACCAGUGGCUGGCGCGCGUCCCUGCUCAUUCGGCAGAACUUGAUUUCUUCAUCGAGUGGGAAGAGCGGCCCCUACCAACGGCCCGGGACUGCGCCGCCUUCAACCUCACGGCGAAUCGGUUCCGUCUGCUGGCUUGCGAUCGGGAACUGCGAUUCUUCUGCAUUCUACGUCGCUCUUCCGAGUCUCCAGACAUGGUCCUCGGGGAUGAGGUGGAGCUUCGAGUGACCGCCAGCGUCAAGAGCAAUCAUGAUUGGGUUGAAGUUAGUGAUAAUGAUGAGCUGGUCGAACUGUCCCUAACCUGCACCGCCCACGACGCCAGAACGGGAGCUCCUCUGGCCAAGGAUCUGCCUGUAUUCUGGAGCAAGGAUAAUGUGUAUGUGUACGACCACAGCAAAAAAAUCUUCCUGGGCCAUACUCACGACCCCUCCAAGUCGAAUGUACUGCCCUGGGGUUUGACAAACAAUACCUCCAUCCAACAAGGGACUUACUGGUGCGAGACUUGGCUCCCCAGAUCUACGACCAGACUAGUGAGCAAUAAGGUCUUGGUUACUAUGAAAUCGUGGACUGUCCUGAUUCUUUCUGUAUAUCGCCAAGGAAAAGUUACAGUUGAUCUCGACUCUCUCACUUUAAAUAUGAGCGCAGCUGUACAUUCCCUACUGCCUAACAUAAACAGUUCCAUUGUAGAUCUAAUAUUCGUAGAAGAAAGUGCACCACAAGCAUCAUCCACAAGGCUUGUCGAAUAUCGCUUCCAAGUACAUUUAUUUGAGAGUGUGGAAAGACUGUUUAAAAACAACAGCCUCGGUCUCCUUUUGAGAGACAACGACUACCUGAGAAUUUCCACUGCAGCUCUGGCAACAUGCUGUUUAGAGGAAACGAGGCCGACCAAGUGGAAUGGUCAAGUCAUUUGGCCAUUUACGAAGGCAGGAAACACCCGACCUUCUAGCAUGAGGUGUGAGGUGGGAGACAAAUUACUACCGGGCAUAUGUCGCUGGAAUUACACCCACGGUGGUUCCCUUGAAUUUGAUGCCUCUGACUGUGACAGAUUUGAUGCCUGUCCUCGAGGCUACUACCGCAUCUCCAAUGACCUGUGCGUCUCCUUUACAUCUCCAGGCGACUGGGAAUCAGGGCUUGCUGAGGCAUACAAGACUGGCCAUGAGAUAAGUAUAUUGGAUUCAUGGUCAUUUCAUAAUUCUGGAAAUCAGGAAGAAACAACUAUAUAUAAUCUGAUGAAAGAAGUAAUGAGGGAGUAUGUUGGCCAUUCUGUACUCUGGCUUCCGGUAAGAAGAUUAGUACCUCGAGGUCCUUUGGCGUUUGUUGGUCCUGGAUCUUCCUACUUUCCUUACAAAGACUAUCGGGGAUCGCCUCUCUUCAACAUAUCUUGGGCAAAGGAUCAUCCAGACAACAGGCACAACUGCUUGGCUCUUGAUGUUGAAACGAACAAUCUGUACACACUAAGCUGUGACACAAAGAACCCAUUCGUUUCCAUUGUUAAUAUUUCUGGACUUCUGCAAAUACCACAUUAUAAUUGGGAGGAUAGAGUACCAGAGCUAAUAACUGGAAGCUCAGCAUGUCCUAUGGGAUGGGUAACGACUACAUGGAAAGGCGACGCUUUGGUCUGUUUCAAAGUGUAUAUCAACAAAGGAAACUACACCUGGUCAGAAGCAAAGAGUUUUUGCAAAAAUAACGAUGCUGAACUGCCUUCACCAGGUGUUGGGUUCUUGGAUUGGGCUUACAGACAAUAUCUACAUAAUUAUGGCGUGGAUGCUGUUUGGAUGACCACAGAAAGGCCCUUAUGGCUGUCAAACGACAAUGACCUUGCUAUGGAUGUAGUCAACUGGCUGCCAAACACUAACUAUAGUCUGAGUCACCCUGUACUUACUCAUCAUGGCUGGGAUCGAGAGGGAGAGGGGAAAACAAAAUCGGCUGUCUUGUGCCAGAAGAAAGGUCUAGAGAUGACAAGCAGGGAGAUACAAUUACGCAAAGAGGGAGACAUUUGCACUGAUAAUGAAGAAAUGCUUCGUGAUUCAAUUUUGCCACAAUGUUUUGCCAAUGGUAGAGAAAUCAAAGUGAAGAGAGCAGGUAAACCUGGAUGUACUUAUUCAAUUCCCAUAACUGUGCAAGGCUAUUAUCAGUGUCAACAGUGGGUGACAAAGCCUUACCAGUUAGUGAAAUCUAAUAUUUUAUUGCAUCGCAAGAAAAAGAGUUUAACAUUUGCUGUACGUAUGUCAGAGGAAAGGCCAUACAUUCCUGCAAUACAUGACAAUACAUUUAGAUAUAUAACACAGCAGGAGGAAGGUUUUGGCAGUUGUUCUUCAGAAUUUGUUAAGAAGUUCGAAGAAGUGUAUGUGAGCAAUGGAUUGGCUACCAUGAAAACAUUGAUAGACAACUACAGUAUUUUCCCUGGUAAGCAGAAUCGUGGAAUAAUGUACAAUUUUCAUCUCUGUUUGCAAUUCUCAGGCAAGAAGGAAAAUGAAAGAAAAGUCUUUCAGUUAUUCGAUUUGCUAGCAAGCACUUCUGAGCUCUCUUCCGGCUGUGUAGUACAGAGUGUCAGGAGUACCACAAAAUGCUUCAGCGAAAGCACAAUUGACGGCGGCAUCGAAGAGAGGAACCUAACCUGGCCAAACACAGCUGAGGGCGUUAUUGCUCUGCCAAAAGAGCUCUGCAUCACUGAAGAAGGCGAGCCUGUGACCCGGGAAUGCCUCGGGAGUUUCCUCACCGGGUAUUACUGGGGGCCUCCUUCCAGCAGCUGCAUGGGAGAACCGACGAACAAGACGAAGCAGCUUUGGGAAAUCAACAACAAUGCAACUGUUGAGAAAGCUAAUAUUCCCACGACUCUGUCCAGUAUCACUCAGAAUGGUUCUACUCUUCAGCCUGUUGACAUUCACUUUGUUGCUACAAGCUUCAAGGCUCUUUCUGAAGAGACCGAAAAACUGGAUGAACUUGAUCUAGAAGAAAUUGUACAGACUAUUAACAACGUGAUGGAAGCUAAAGAUGAAACAUUUGAACCAGUUCAAAAGAAGCUGUUAUCCUCAAGUAUCUUAUAUGAAGCCUUUGAAGAAAUGACCUUCAAAGUUCAGUUACCAGAAGCCAAAGGGGAUCAGAAAGUAAAUGCCUCAAGAAAACUAAUAACUGUUGAGCGGUUCGACCUUGAAGUGAAUAGUACCAUCAUUGGGUUCGAAUCUCGGAAUGGGGGAGCGGUUGAAACGACCAUCGAAAAGGGCGUCAGGACAGACCACGCUGACACCGACGUGGCCAUCAUCCUUCCCGAGAAUCUCACAUACAAGGUGGCUACGUUGCAUGUAAGCAAGCGAGCCAAGAUACGUUCUGAAAGCAAAAUUCAACUUGCUUUUGCUGUUUUUAAAAAUGCAAAGCUGUUCCAAGACCGGGUCUCCUUUCCAAAUUACACUGUUAGUAGUCCUGUCAUUCAAGCUACAUACAGGGGUGAGGUUGUGAAAAAUCUGGAGGAACCGGUCACACUGAUCUUCAAGCCUCCUAAACACGGAAGGGAGAACACCAAAUGCGUGUUCUGGGACUUCAACAAAAACGGCGGGAGAGGAGGAUGGUCUACUCAAGGCUGCUGGAAGGGGGAAAGUAGAGGAAACCAUGAUGUGUGUCACUGCAACCACCUCACGUGUUUUGCACAGCUCAUGAAUUAUAACAGUGACGACUUUGACGGCAACCAUGCUUUGGCCCUGGACAUCAUCACGGUCAUAGGAUGCUGUCUUUCGAUCGGCGGGCUGCUGCUUGUAUUCACAACAUUCUUCCUCUUCAAAAAGUGGCGGAGACCUCUCGAUAACAAGAUUCUAGUCAACCUCUCCUUUUCAGUUUUCUGCAGCAUUGUCAUCUUCCUGGCCGGCAUCAACCAGACGUGGAACAAAAUCCUCUGCAGGAGUAUUGCCGUUGCUCUCCACUACUUCAUUCUUGCGUCAUUCGGCUGGAUGCUGGUGGAAGCCGUCCACCAGUACCUCAAAUUCGUGAAGGUUGUGGGCACAUACAUCCCCAGGUUCAUGUGGAAGGCCUCGGUGAGUGCCUGGGGCGUGCCCGUUGUCCCUAUCAUUGUCGUCCUGGUGUGCGACAGCAGCCUUUAUGACAACGGGGACGAAUUGUAUUCAGAGUCAAAGAUCUGCUGGAUGUCAAGAGACGGAUUCCUCUACGCUUUCCUCCCUCCUUUAGUCCUGACGAUGGUCAUCAACAUCAUAAUGUUUAGCCUCAUCCUCUACGGAGCCGUGUGCGGCCGCGCGCGGGUCAACUCCACCAUGUCCGAGAGGUCGCUGUUCAUCAGCCAGCUUCGUAUGGCCAUCUGUGUGUUCGUUCUCCUCGGCUUCACGUGGAUAUUCGGAAUCCUCGCGAUAUGGAAGGGUCGCCUCUUAUUCUCUUACCUCUUCUGCAUCUUCAAUACUCUGCAGGGCUUCUUCAUCUUCAUCUUCCACGUGUACAGAGGCAGGAGCGCCAGGAGACUCUGGGGCGACUUCCUCUCUGUUAUCAGCAAGAGUCCAUCGUCGACGGAGCCUUCGAACUCCAACAACGCUCACGUUUCCAUGCAGUACCGAGGUCACCUGGACAGCGUGACCUAUAACCACGGCGGAGGGAUCCUCGUCAUCCCGCAGAAGCCGACAGUACAGAUGUCCACGAGGGGAAUGAGCAUAAAAUCGAUGGGCACGACGUCGUCCCUCCUUCACUCGAGAACAAGCUACACCCCAUAGAGACGUUUUCAUUGACUCAUUAUAUCCCAUUAUUCUCCACGCCAUGUUUUUUCUCUCCUUUUCCCCUCUCCCCCCCCUCCUCUCUCUCUCUCUCUCUCUCUCUCUCUCUCUCUCUCUCUCUCUCUCUCUCUCUCUCUCUCUCUCUCUCUCUCGCUAGUCAUUUUCCCCACAGAUAUUACGGCAAGCAUUUAUCCGUCAUUUACAAAAGCAUUCAUACAAAAUCACCAGUGAGGUACAUGUAUAUAUAUCAUAUGUAAAAAGAAUCACUUAGGAUUAGGUAUUUGUAAGAUAGAUUUUAUUUAAGAGUAUAAAGAAAAAAAAUCAAA